GUACGCACGUUCGCUCCACGUGUGCUCUAGAAGUUAUCCCCCGUUCCUCACAUCUUGUACCGCGUGCCAACAACGAGGGAGAGUUUCUCCCGGGCGAAGAUUUCUCCGACGCGCGUUUUGGUGGCGAAGCAAUUUGUAAGUACAUCCAGCUAGAAGCACUCGUACCUGUCACAACUCGAGGAUAGAGAAGACUGUCGGCAAUGGUCGAAAAUCUUGAAGAUAAAUAACCGAUGAAAAGUCCGCGACUGUCAGUCCGCAAUAUCGUAACGAUUAUCAAAGAUGCCACGUGAAGAGAAGACGGAGCGAACGAUUUGUGUUAGUACAAUAUUUGCGGGUGUCAUCGUCGGAACGUGAAGCGAACGGGGGAUUCCCUAUCAAGGAAGACACACCAUCCAUGAGGCCAAGCGAAAGCACAACCGGGUGAAUGCGCCACGAGGUUCAGCAGAAUAGAAAUCUUUGCCAUCAAGAAAGUAAUGAACCGACGACAAUAAAUUUUCCAUUUUGCAUGUUCCAUGAGCGACUCGACGAUACGCUCUAUUAAUUCUCUAUCGGAUAACAAAAAUGCAAUUAAAAAUCGACAUUGUGUCCGUAAUGGAAAUAUCCAAAAUGACAAAUUCACGCGGAGCAGAGAAUUUCUCGCGUUGACAAUGCCAAGAUCGCAGAUUUCGUAGGACGCGACGGAUGCAGGUUGCCUUGAAAAAAUAAAAAAGAGAUCGAGGACUAUAAUCGUCCACGGUACAAGAAAUCAACAUGUCCAUGGAAUCGUGUGACGAUGAUACGAGCCCGACACGCCGGCCGAGGCAGAACAGAAUUCAUAGCGUUGGUCUUCCAACCAGAACUUCUUUACUUCCGGAGCCACCACGCACCGGAAAUGAUGUACCGCCGCCAAUACCACGUCGACAUUCUGCCACGCCGGCGGUAGCACCACCUCCAAUUCCGCUGAGGCCGCCGGCGAUUCCGAAAAGAAGCAAGAACGAAAAACCUAUACGACUCCAACUCACAACUAGACAGAGCAAUCAAAUAACUCCUUGUAAGACGACUGAUUCUUCGUCCGCACCUUCAUCGGGAAUGCCGGCCAUGUGGAAAAACGUGGGUUCGACAAAUCAAAAACUUAUAAAUUUGGAUCCCUUCAGAAAUCAGAAUCAGACAUCGCAGGAUUACUUGUUGAAUUAUGGCGAGGACUCGCGGGAAACGAAUGACAAUAACGAUUUUGUAGCUGACUUCGAGCAAGCAAAUUUCCAGGAAGGACGUAAACUCCCGCUAAAUUCGAGCUUCGAGGAGUUGCAAAAGGUCUCCUUGGAUCUCGAGAAACGGCUUCACGAGAGAAUUAUUAAGAGCGCCGAGGCAAAGUUCGAGGAUCCGAAUAGCCGUCAACGACAGGGCACUGUGUCGCGGCAUAAUAGACAACAAAUAUCAAAAUUUACGAAAGAGAAUGGCAGCUGCGAGCAGAGAGAAUCGUCCGAAAGCAAGCCCAGGGAAGAAAUGAUGUUAUCGCGAAGAGAGAUUUUUCAAAAAGAUGAAUUAAAGUACGCAACAAUUUUGACUUCCGGCCGUGAGCGACGAUCGAAGUUCGAGGAGUUGCAGGCGGCUUCGAAGAAUCUAGAGAGGUGUUUGCACGAAGACGAUGAUUAUCGUCGACGUCAAGAGAUGGAAAGACGAAUAAGCAAGGACAAGCCACCCAGAUACGAGGACCUAGAAGGAAUCCCGCAUGAACUUGACAAACGUUACCACGGCGAGCAAAGAGCUUUAGAACAGCAACAGCAGCACCCAGUAAUGCGAAACAAAUACGAGAGUGACAUGGAGAGGGCUAGGAAUAUUCUUCAGCAUAAUCUGAGGAAGGAGCGAGUCGGUGGUGGCGGCGGCGGCAGUGAGAAACUCGAGAAAUUGCCGAAAGCAACGCAGACGAAUCUACCACCACCCCUGAGCGCGAUUUGUCAGAGUCCCGUACCGAAACCUAUCAGCGUCCGGCAGGACAGCAACGUUUCCUCAGACAGUUUCAGUCAAACCAGCUCGCCCAGCUACACCAGCAAGACAAUGGAAGCCCCCCUUCUGCCUCACAAGCACGGGAAAGUCCCAGACAGAGCCUUAGUAUCGGAGCCUGAUAACUCAGCUGGCAGACCGAUAACGAAGUCGACGAGCACGCCGGCCAGUUUGCAGACCAUCGUCAGGAUGCAUGCUGGGAAUAACAGCUCCUUGCAUCAUAAAAUAAUCAGGGACAUGACUGGCAGCCACUACGUGACUACGGGAAGACUACGCUUCAGAUUUGUGCAGGUUCUGCUUAACGCCGUUGCCCUCCUGGCCAUUGCCGGCGGUUUAGCCGCAUACUUCAAAACGUAUCCUGACUUCCAAUUGGAGAAUAGAACCAUAUACACGGCUCUGAUCCCGAUACCUGAAACGCGUUUCAUGUUCGAGGACAGGAAUCCGGCUCCGGGAAUAUGUCUGCCCAUUAUUGUGACUUUCUGCGAGAACAAGGUUCCGUACAAUUAUACUGUGUUUCCAAAUUUUAUGGGCAAUUUCGGACAGCGGGACGCCCAGCACGAGCUAGAACUUUACGAUGCUAUCGUUGACGUCAGAUGUUACGAACUGGCUGCUCUAUUCUUAUGCAGUCUUUUCGUGCCGAAAUGCGGGCUUCAAGGCAACGUCGUACGUCCCUGUCAAAGUCUUUGCCUUCAAACCGAACGACGCUGCGGUUUUUUUCUCAAAGUUUUCGGCUUGUCUCUUCCGAAUUAUUUGGAUUGCGAACUUUUCCCGGACGAUCUGACUAUCCAGGAGUGUAUCGGGCACUAUGAAGUGAUCGAAGCGGCAAGAAAAGCCGAGAAACCGGUGUGCACCAGUGGCUUUCAGUGCGAUGGCACAAGGUGCAUUCCGUUCGAUUGGCGAUGCGAUGGUCAUCUCGAUUGCUUGGAUCACAGCGACGAAAUCGGAUGCGGGAACUGCAAUUCCAGCACGUCGUCUCCGAUGUCGGCGUCGACGUCCUCCACGUUUGGCAAGAUAAUCAAAGGACCUUCGAACAAAAAUACCCUUUCUACGAAGUCUUCAUUACACUGCGGCGAAAAAAGAUGCAUGUCGGCCAGUCAUAUCUGUGAUGGAGUCAUGGAUUGUCCUUGGGGGCAGGACGAGCGAUAUUGCCUGAAAUUAAGCGAGAGGAACGGGGACGUCGGCGAGGGCCGUCUGGAAGUGUAUCAUGCUGAAAUGGGUAAAUUUAUGCCGGCGUGUGUCUCACACUGGGAGGCGACAACGUCGCCGCAAGAGGUUUGCGCUAUGUUGGGCUAUACAGCUUCAAACGGAUCUAAAUGGAUUAACGACGUAACAACAAUGAAGCCGAAAAGUUCUGGAUAUCAUACCAAAAGUCUUAGUUUGCUGAAGCAAUUUCAAAAAUGCAUCAAGGAUCGAGAGCCUUAUCCCACGAUCAAACUUACUUGCGUCAAAUAUGCUUGCGGCCGCAGACGUUCCGUAUACGAAAGGGCGAGGGUGAAGCGAAUAGUGGGUGGUGUGGAGUCAGCCCCCGGUGAUUGGCCGUUUCUUGCAGCCCUUCUCGGUGGUCCAGAACAAAUCUUCUACUGUGCCGGAGUCCUUAUUGCCGAUCAAUGGGUGUUGACCGCGUCUCAUUGUGUUGGAAAUUAUUCAGAGGUGUCCGGUUGGACGAUACAACUUGGCAUUACUAGGAGACUUUCUCACACUUAUCUCGGUCAAAAAAUGAAAGUAAAAAGAGUCAUACCUCACCCGUAUUACAACCUGGGUGUUGCUCACGACAAUGAUGUCGCAUUGUUCCAACUUGAGAGGCCGGUUCAGUAUCACGAACACCUGAGACCGGUGUGCUUACCAACUGCUGACAUUGAUCUUACACCCAAUACAUAUUGUACCGUUAUUGGAUGGGGCAAGAAAAAUGAUACCGAUUCCUCUGAAUAUGAGCCAGCCGUAAACGAGGUUGUAGUUCCUAUUCUGCCUCGACAACUCUGCAACACAUGGUUAGCGCAUAAAGAAUUAAACGUCACCGAUGGGAUGAUCUGCGCUGGCUAUGAGAAUGGCGGAAAAGAUGCAUGCCAAGGUGAUUCUGGAGGACCUCUGUUGUGUCAGGAUGAGAAGGACAAGGAGAAAUGGUUUGUCGGCGGAAUUGUCAGCUGGGGCAUAAAAUGCGCCCACCCAAAACUGCCCGGAGUCUACGCUAACGUACCCAAAUACGUAACGUGGAUCCAAGAAGAAAUGUCUAAGUAUCCGUACUCCGAAUAUGACGAUAUGUAGAAAUAAUAGGAAAACGUAAGCUACCGAAUCGGGCAAAAUAUUCGAUGAGGCAACAUCGAAACAAAUCGAACGGAAAUGAAGGAUAAACGUAGAACAAAGUAAACGCGGACUUUCACGUUUUCAUAUAAUGACAUGUAUUGGAAGAUAUUGGAACCGAAAGUAAUUAUGGAUUCUCCCAAUUUGCUAAUCUGCGCUCAGCGAUUCCUGUACGCUCAAUCAAAGGAUAGUAUUUUGUACACACCUUGUGCAGCUUUGAAUGAAGAAAAAAGAGCUGAGUAUUAAUACGGAUCGUUAAUCUCAUUCUUUGGGAUUAGAAAGCAUAGAAAAAUAACACAAAUUGAUAAAAAUCAUUGAUAAUAUAAUCAUGGACAUUCGCUAAGCUAAAGGAUGGUGAACGAUGAAUACGAACAUAACCGAAUCUUUCUUCGAGUGAUAAGAUUAAUCCAAUUAAGUCUAUCAAUCACAUCAGGAAAACUAUUUUUUGUCAUAUUAUGGACAGAUGAUUGUAGAGAAACCGGAUUUUCUAUCAUCAACAUAUACGAAAAUACCGAUAUUUACUACCGCAGUUCUCAGUCAUAGCUCGUUCAAGUAAUACGAAAUCACUUCACAAUUUUUUCGUAAGACUUUAUAAUAAGCCAAUCGAACAAGAGAAAUGUGAGAUAAUCGGAAACAUAUAAGAUACUCUACUUUAUAAGUGAAGGUAUAUACGGAUGCCGAGGAUAUUUGCAUACACAUAAGUUCAAAUAAUAAGCCAUUUUCUAGGAAACUACUAGGUAAAAGAAAGAAUAAAAAAUGCCGAUGUAUGUACUUUUGGUACUUACUGAAAUAGAAAAAAUUCAGGAUUUGUGCACAAAACAAAAAUCCACGCAUGUGAUGCGACAAAAAAUAUUUUGUAUCGCUGCCGACUUUAGGACAGCUGUAUAUGAGCUACCAAGUGGUCGAAAACCCCUUGAUCUAUAAGGGUGUGCGUUUAACGGCAUUCAAUGAUAUGAGUCGUUUGAGUGGUGUAAGUAGUAUAUGAGUCGUACAUACCUUGCUAUAAUUUUAAAACUUUUUCUUUUUACAGUUAUAGAAAUAUAACAGUUUUCC